GUGUUUAACGUAUGCACAUAAUGAACAAUAUGGUUCAAUAUAAUCAGAUUGAAGAGGAGCUUCACCACAGAGUGAAACGAGACUUGUCAUGGAGCGACAUCGAAACAUUUUAUGCCGACAAAAACAAUUUUGCGAUGUACCUUGUGUUACCUAUCAUCGUCCUUGUCUACGGCGGCUGUGCAGUAAUUUAUUGCAUCGCGAGAUGCCGACGGUACAUUCGCCGCAAGAAAAAGAAAUCCUUAAUCGAACAAGAGGAAACUAAUGACGAACCAGAUGCGUUCACAAACGAACCAACAACUAGCAUCCCGUCGAUUCCAGUCAGAGGCUCAAACAACGGCGAGCAUCAAAUGGUGCCGGUCAUUCCUACGGACAGGGACGGCGCGCAGACUUCAUCUGAAGUACGAGUGUCAGUACACGAACGUCAAACGCCCUUACCUUGGCAAGUGAUGGGCGAUGAGGGUGAUACACGUGUUAAAGGCGCCAUGGCCGCACCUCAUGUGAUUCCUAAACAGAGGAAACAAGCAGCUGACAAUAAAGCGUUCGAGCAUGAUCAUCCUCAUCCGACAAAGGACCUUACGAGCAAUCGGCCACCCAGUUAUGAAGAAAUGUACAAACCGGUUCGCCCAAUGUCGAAGCCUCCGCCUUACGAAGAGAAAGGGAUUUCUCAGCGCCGUGGGUCUGUGGAGGAGAUUAUAACUUUGGAGACUCAAACAUCACGACCGCAAAACGAACGUGCACGCGCAAAACCAACCGAACGCCCAUCUUCUCGAGUAUCGGUCCGCGAUACAACAGACGAAGACCGGGAAAGAGCGCGCCAGUUGGUACGAGGUGACCGUCCGAUCCGCGACCAUCCACCGCCUGUUGACAAACCAAGACAGAAGACGCCGGACAUCAUUUCGCAAACUCAGACACAGACUCUGCCUCUCAAACCGCAAUAUAAGCCGGUGACCCAGAACAGCGCAGUCGACCAUGCGUCAAUGGCACGACAGGCCGCUCAGUUGUUGAGGCUCGACCAGAUGGAACGACAAGUGGGCAAGAAAAAGAAGCGACUGGUAUUUGUCGCUGAAUAAAUUCACGUGAACAAUGCAAAGUAGAGACUGUCGCAGUAAUACAUAGGUUACAAUUACUAUUUAGAAAAUAAUCACAGCAAAUGUUGCUUUGUAUAUGAUUGUCAACGACGUUCUCAAAACGAAAAAAACAAGCAAACGAAGUCUAUGUUGUUUUUUUAAGCAUCAUUUAGUUAAAAUGAGAAUUUAAUGUAAAUUUGGAGUUUGAAAAAUGACCUGGGUCAAUCGAAAAUGGUUCUUAUGUCAUAUAGAUCAGCCAUCGCAAUUGCACUGUCUAGUCCGGAACUACGCUUUCCGCUAUAAAGUCACGCUAGGUUCGGUGGUCUCAUAAGCUGAAAGGUUAGCUACGGACCAGACUCCGUACAUGCACGGGCUGGUCUGGGUCUACGCUGACAUGCAUACAGGUUAAGACCCAUUUUCGCAUGACGCGGGUCAAAACAUACACAGUUAUCGCAGUUGUCGACGGGACUUAUGAAACACAGACUUUGACUGAUAGUGAUCAUUUUCUCUUGAGAUAAUUCUUGUUACGUUGAAAAUACUUUGUCUAAGUGUAUUUUUUUUUUCAUCCAUAAAGCGACAUUCGCAUAUUUCAACUGUCUUUCUUUAUUCCAAUGAAACAUUGUCAACCGUUCUACUAGGUUGCAUUUUCCAUUACCGCAUGCCGAUAAUAGGUGUCGUUAUGGAUCCAUGCGAACACAUGGUGAGGCUGAGGUAUGCGUUGUUGGCGACAGUGAUUGGAUUUUUUAAGAAUACUAAUAAUAGCAUUUUUGUGUGAUUAAAGAUACGUUUUUAGCGUGGUACUUGAACCAGUGUUUCGUCAAGAGGUGUAUAUUCCUUAACAAACUUAUUUUAUUUAUGUUAAGUAAUUAUUUGGUGUAUUAUUUAUCCAAAUGUUUUUACUGUGUUAUGGGUUAUAAAGCGCGUGAACACACGCGUUGUCCUUUACAAUUACCUAAAUGGCGGCACACGAGAUAUAAUAAUACAAUGGCAGCUUAACCCAUUUAUGCCUAGCGUCUAGAAAAAAGGCCUUGGCAAACAGCAUAGACCCUGAUGAGACGCCGUAUGAUGCGGCGUCUCAUCAGGGUCUGCGCUGUUUGCUUAAAGGAAUUUCUGUAAGAAAUAUUCUAAAUUUAAAAAUAAAUAUACUAGACAUCCCUAAGUUUGGAAAUAAAUUGAUCCAAUUUCGAAGGAUGGGAGAGUCCACUAUGCAUAAAUGGGUGAAUGAUUGUACCAACAUUAUUUCGAAAUAGUGCCUUUUAUGUACACUAGGUACGUUUUAAAAAGGCAACAUGCCGGUCUACGUGUGUUACAAUGAGGUACCAAAAGUUUAUUGACCUCAAAUGGAUGAUUACUCAUGAGGGUGUUGUGUAAUCCCCAAAGCAAAGAGGAACAUGAUGCAUUUUUAAAAAUAUUAUGUUUUGAGGCUAUUGUUUUUAUAAGUUUAUUAUUAAAUAUGUACAUAGGAGUUUCUUAUUUAAGCUUAAAUGUGUUUCUAAAUGUUACUAAGCAAUUCAACAUAACUUUGUGCUGUGUAUUGUCUUUUAGAGAUGGAUGAAAUUUCGCAUUUAGAAUAUAAUCACUUUUUGUUACAAUUCAAUUCCUGUGGUAUAUGUAUAUAUGUUCAUUAUGGGACGGGUAAAAUUUCUCUAAAAUUAAUUACAUUAUAUAAUGUAAAUAUUCUGUCUCGGGUAUUUCUACAAUUUAAAAUGUGAUUUAUAUCAUAUGAUGAGUUUAUUUAAAAGUGUUAAUAUUAUGUUUGAGCUACCGAAAACAUUUAAAAUAGUGAUAGUUAAUAAGAAAGUGUUACUUUUAUUUCUUAGUUGAUACAUUUAUCAGAAAAAUACAUUAAACUAAUAAAUGUUAUUGAAACUCUUUUUUUUUACAAAUGUAUGUAUAGUGUUAGGUAAUUGUAUUUAUUGUCUUCUUGCAGUAUUGUACAUUUCUUAGUAUGAUUGAUGCGUGUGGUUAAAUCACAUCAGUUUUAUAAUAAUCACAAUGUGUAUGUGAACAUCAACAUAAAUCACUCGUUAACAUAUUAUGCUACUUUUGAGUUUUACUGAGAAUGAUGCCUGUACACGUUGCGCACGUUUUUAUAACACAACAUAUACUGAUAACUUAUUAUGUCCAUUGUUUUCUUGUACUGACAAUAAUGCCUUUACAUGUUGCGCAUUCUUGUAUCAUAUAACAGAUACUGAAAACAUAUCAUGUUCUAUUUUUUACCUAUUUAUAAUGAGGCCUUUUCAUGAUACACAUGUUGUAUAAUACAACAGAUACUGUUGCAUGUACCUCAUCGAUGUAGAUAAAUACUGUUACUAAUUGUAUUUCAUGUUUUACUAUAAAUUGUU